AUGGGGUUGAACUCGGGUCGCAGCCUGACGCGGGUCGUAUUCUCUGGGAUCCAGCCUACCGGCGUUCCUCAUCUAGGCAAUUAUGCUGGUGCCCUGCGACAGUGGGUGAAUCUUCAACACAGCGAGCCCAGCUCUACGAAACUCAUCUACUCCAUUGUCGAUCUCCAUGCUAUCACGACGCCGCAGAAGCCCGAGCAGCUGGCACGUUGGAAAAGGGAAGCUCUUGCCUCAUUGUUAGCUAUUGGGAUUGACCCAGAUCGUUGCACUUUGUUUUACCAGUCAACUGUUCCUGCUCAUUCUGAGCUUAUGUGGAUUUUGAGCUGUACGGCCUCCGUGGGGUAUCUUUCACGGAUGACACAAUGGAAGUCGAAACUCAACGUCUCUUCGACGUCCACGCUUGAAGAUAAGAGCGUUGGAGGCCAGCUGAAACUGGGACUGUUCUCUUACCCUGUUCUUCAGGCUGCGGACAUCCUUGUGCAUAGGUAUUAUGUGACGACAAUACUCAAUGAUGCCGGUCUUCUAACGCUUAAAACAAGGGCAACUCAUGUUCCGGUUGGUCACGAUCAAAUGCAACACCUUGAAUUUGCCCGCGAAUGCGUUAGUAACUUCAAUAACGCCUAUGGAAAGCACUUGGUCCCUCCCGAGACACUUACUCCACCCGUCCACCGUGUUAUGUCGCUGAACGACCCGAAAUCGAAAAUGUCGAAAUCGGCCAAAUCAGAGAAGUCGAGAAUCCUCAUCACGGAUACCCCAGAACAGAUCAGAACGAAGAUCAAUUUGGCCAUGACGGACUCGAUCCCGGGUAUCUCAUACGAUGUGGCGGAGAGGCCAGGGAUAUCCAAUCUCCUUGAUGUUUGGUCAAUUUUUGAUACGCAAUCUAGGAGUUCCCUUGAACUUUCUAAGGACUACAGCGACCUUUCUCCCCGCCUGCUCAAGAGCAUGGUGUCAGACGCCAUAAUAGAAGGCCUCAAAGGCGUCAGGGAGCGCUACUCAAGCUUGCUGAACUCUGACCAGGGCUAUCUUGAUAAGGUUGAAGAGCAUGGAACUCGCAAAGCCAGCGAGAGUGCCGCUGAAACCAUGGAGAUUGUAAGGGAUGCAAUGGGAAUGGGAUCAUUUUGGGCCCGUGGCCUUUGA